CCGUCCCGUCUGGCGGCCAGUGGGAUGUUUGCCCCCGGAUAGAACCUCUCUGAACAUUAUUUCUCUGUACACCGUAGCGCAACUGUCCCGAGCGCCGGGCGGAGCCAUGGCGGGUAAACGAGGAGCCCUCAUCGUCCUGGAAGGGGUGGACAAAGCCGGGAAAACCACGCAGUGCAGCAAGCUGGUCCAGGCGCUGAAACAGAGCGGCCGCCCGGCGGAGAUGCUGAGGUUUCCCGACAGAACCACGACGAUCGUACAGCUGAUCAGCUCGUACCUGGAGAAGCGCACUGAGCUGGAGGGCCACGCCGUGCACCUGCUCUUCUCUGCAAACCGCUGGGAGCUUGUGCCUUUAAUGAAGAAGAAGCUGGAGCAGGGCAUCACUCUGGUUGUGGACCGAUACGCCUUUUCUGGAGUGGCUUUCACCAGUGCGAAGCCAGGAUUCUGCCUGGACUGGUGCAUGAAGUCGGAUGUGGGACUGCCGAAGCUCGACCUGGUCAUGUUUUUGGAGCAGAGCUCGGCCGAGGCGGCGCUCCGGGGUCACUUCGGGGAAGAGAGAUACGAGACGAGCGUUUUCCAAAGACUGGUGCAGCAGAAGUUUGAGCCGCUGAUGAAGGAUGAAUCAGUUAACUGGCAGGUUAUCAACGCCUCGCAGAAUGUUGAGAGUGUGCACUUGGACAUUGCGGGCCACAGCCAUGAAGCCAUCAACUUGGCACAGGAUAUGCCUCUAGGAGAGCUAUGGAAGUGAAUCUGGGCCGGUCACUGUUUUGCACAUUAUGCACACUCACAUUUUCUCAACUUUCAGCGUUAUGGAGGAUCAUAUAAAUAAAUACACCUUUAAACGAUUCCUUAAAUGUCAUUGAAUAUAAUUUCAUUUAAAUAACUAUAUGCUAUGUUUUUUUCCCCCACAAUGUCCUUCUUGUACAGUGUCUUAUAUAUUGAAAUAAGCAUAGAUCUUUUCCAGUAAAAAAAAACAAAACCUUGCUGGAUGAAUAAAAGUAAGGCUGAGUCUGCCUGGGG